CAGAGAUAACACUGAACACAGGACAACCAACCUUCACUGAUCCACAGAGAAAGAAACCAAGAAGCAAACAAAAAAGCAAGACUGUCCAUUGGCAUUCCCUUGCCACUGCUGAGCAGUGAGCACAAAUCAGUAAAUCACACACACAGAUGGAAGCAGCAGCAGUGGCUUCUUCUUCUUCCUUGCUCUUCUCCAGCCCAAGCCCCAGGAGGCCAUCUUCUUGCCUGCCGCUGCCUCCUUGCAGCAGCAGGAGGUACGAAUCCCAUGCUGCAAAGCUGCAGCAGCCUCAGGUGCUGUUCACCAGUCGGCUAAGCAGAAACAGCAACAGGAGUAGCAGAAGCAUCCUCCUGUCCCUGAGGUGCUCUUCGAGUGCCACUGACAGCGCGUCUCCUCCUGCGUCUUCAGAACAAUGGAUUCUCGAGCCUUCAGAUAGUUGGGCAGAGUUCGCGGCGCGGGUGUCCGGCGAGUGGGACGGAUUUGGAGCCGAAUUCACGGCGGCCGGCGACCCCGUGGAGCUCCCGGAGAAGGUGGUGCCGGAGGCCUACCGCGAGUGGGGCGUGCAGGUGUUCGACUGGCAGACGCAGUGCCCCACGCUCGCCGACCCGGCUGCGCCGUGCGACCUGCACUACAGGCUCGUCCGCCUGCUGCCCACCGUCGGCUGCGAGGCCGACGCCGCCACCGUGCACACCUCGCACCAGCGCCACGCGUCCUCCGCCUCCGCCUUCGCCUACUCCGCCGGCGGGUCGUACGUCGCCGCGUGGCCCAAGGGCCCGGCUCCGGUGCUCGAGGUGGAGCACUGCGUGGUGCACCCGGACAGCCGGGAGGUGAGGGUCCGCCUGGUGCAGACGGUGGCGCUGGCCAAGGAGGCGCGGCUCCGCGGCGUCAAGGUCUUCUCCGAGCAGUGGUACGGCCCGUACCGGAACGGCGAGCAGCUAGGCGGCUGCGCCGUCCGCGAGGCCGCGUUCGCCGCCGGAGAGAAGCUCCCUGUCUCCGACGUGAUCGGACAAUGGCAGAGCAACAGCGCCUUCGCCGCGAGGUUCUCUAACGAGCUGGACCCCGAGACGGGUAAGUUCGCCGGGUUGACGCCUGACGGGCCCGCCGGCGAGGGGUUGAGCAGAGACGACGGCGAUGGAAUCGUGACGCUGCCGAAGCAGCUGUGGAGCUUGUUCAAGGAGAGCGGCAAGGGCGAGGAGUUCGUGUGCGAGGUAGGGUGGGUGCUGGGUCAUGGCAGCGCCGUGACGUCGAGGUGCGUCCUGUCGAGAGAUGGAGAUGUCAAGGAGAUUGUGGUUGCACGCGAGUCACGGGUGUUGGAGGGCACCUGAUCAGGAGAUCAAAAUUGUCUGGUUGGAUGAUUCUUACGUAGAAUAGAAGAAUGUACAGCCAUACAAAAAAUGUCAUACAAGCUUGGUGUCUACUAAUCAAACUGGUCUCCUAAGUCCUAAAUGGAGCAUACAUGAGUACAUAUAUACUGACGCUGUUGUCUGCAUCUAGAAAAAAAAAAGUACUACAAGACGCCGCUUUCUGAAUUUCUAGGUGCAGAGCGUA